GCCGUGCUUCAAUCAUUCAGGACUCGGAACGACCGCGAACGGAUUGGGUCUACUGGCUGGAACGGAUGAUGGAUGUGCAUCGAGGCCAGAAAUAGGAUGACUCAAUCCGGCACAGCGAUCUUGCCGGCACCGCAGUUGACAUAAACUGUGAGGGCAUAUAAGGAUUGUGCUGUAUGAAAUGAAAUGCAAUCCUCCAUAGCUGAAGCAACGAGCUCACUCAGCCAUGAUCCCGACUUCUUCUGACUACCCCCCUCCCGUUUUCGCGUUGGCGCGUCGGCGCACUCCCAUGGCCUGCACGAACUGCCGGAAGCGAAAGAUAAAGUGCCUGGUGAAAGAAGAUCAGCCACUGAAGACGUGCGAGCGAUGCACGAAGCGCAAGCUGCACUGCGAGUACCGGCCUGUGCUCGAAGAAGCUCUGCUCGUCGACGAGCCCGAAAGCAUCGGCAGCCCGGAUAGCACUACGUCGGAGGCCGAGUUGCAGUAUCAUCACCACGGCCACCUGAUCAUGCAGCAGGCGCCCCGGCGCAGCAUGCCGCAAGAUGUAUACCCGACGUACUACGACUACGAGCACAACUACGGCGGCGUCCAACCGCCGUCCCAGGGCUAUUAUCAGUCACCUGUUCAAGGGGGAACUCCAUUAGAAUCGGCGUACACAUAUUCGACGAAUCCCGCCUAUUCAAACCCAUCCAGGGACCAACUCGCACCGCCGCGGACUCCUUGGCAUUCGACUAGUUUGGCAUCGCAGCGGCCCGGUCGCAGGAUAGAUGUCAGCUCGAGAGAUGGAUUUCGAGCCCAGAACGAGCAGUUGAACUGGGCAUACAUGAAUACUGCAGAUUAUCCGUGA